ACCCAGGCGCUCCUUCGAGUGAGAGGCUUGAAGAUUUUAGUUUAACAACCUCUUCUUCAAACCAUCACUUCCUGCGAAGCCACUCGAUUCAGCUAUGGGCAUUUCUGACGUACUGCUUAUAACGAGAAAGAACCACCUCAACGCGAGCUCGAUCGUCGGCUCUGCAACCAGCCAUGUGUGUCCUGUCGAGAACCUAAACGGUCCAGCCAUCGUGCCCAUCGUUGGCAAUUACACCUUCCACGAAGUCGCAACCAUUGUUGCUGGCACGUGUGCGCUGUUCAGCAUAAUCAUCUGCAUUUUCAUAAUCGCUGGGCAUGCAGCCAACUACUCCUUUCCUGUACAGCAACGCCAAAUCAUACGUAUCGUAUUACUCAUUCCGUGGGUGGCUCUGUUCUCAUUUCUCAUUGUCCUUGAAGAAAAGGCCGGAGUGUACAUCGUUGCGAGUCUCGACUUUGGUUGCGCGAUUGCGCUGUCAGCGUUCCUGCUGUUGAUGUGCGAUUUUGUGUUAUCCCAUCCGGAUGGCUUCGAUGAUCUCUUCGGUGUUGGUGCGAUGAACAGAGGAGCACUUCAAACGAAAGGUCCUGCAUGGUUCAAGCGCGUUUGGUACGGCGUGCUACAGUUCAUACCCGCCAGUAUCAUAAUUUGGAUUGGCACGAUUGUUGCACUUGCUGUAGGCCAGUAUUGCAGACAGUCCAAUAGCGUCCACUUCGCACAUCUCUGGAUCACGAUCUUCAAAUUCAUCGUCACCACCAUAUCUAUUCUUUGCUGCCUGCGCUUUCACAGCAGGAAUAAGCCAAAGCUGCUUCAGCACAAGAUUCUGCUUAAGCUCUUCACAUUCAAAAGCAUCAUUGGCUUAAAUGUUGCGCAAACUUUCAUCAUCAACAUUCUUGCGGGUCAUGGCACUCUUUCUCCCAACAAGUACAUGACAUACCACGAUAUCAACGACGGCCUCGCCUCGCUCAUCCUCGCCUGCGAAAUGCCUAUCUUCGCCUUGCUGAUGAUCUUCGCAUUUCCGUCUAAGCCCUACAAGAACAGCAAUAAGGCCGCGUCGGUAGGGCCUUUCAAGGCGAUCGUGCAGGCACUAGAUAUCAGGGACUUAUUGGGCGCUAUAGUAAGGGGCCCAAUGAGGUUAGUAAGAGAGCAGGAGAGAGAGAUCAGAAGAGGGGGCAGCAUCAAGAUGGAGAUGCAGAAUGGGGGUCCCGGCGUUGAUGGAGUCGAUCAAAGUACGAUGUACAAGGGAAGUAACGAGAGGGUCGGGCUUGCUGUCUAGUCACGCAACUGAUUAUUGGUCAACUCAUGUUCCCAGUGCUAGCUAUUCCAGUCUUUUACACUCCAACAUCUCCUUCGCGCUUGUAGUUAUGACAUGCCCACUGCACAAUUUUUAUCAUCCCCACUUCAACCAAACUUCGCUGUCAAAUAGCAUCACCAUUGAUUGAGUGGAGAGGUGUUUGGAACAACUCUCUGUUUGUCUACGCCCACAGUCAAUAACAGAUGUAGAAAGUAGGAUAAGCGGUUUUGGAUGACAUGGAAACGACGUCAAGUGCCAUGGAC